UUUAAAGAAAGACAAAAACAACACAGAUACACAACGUGUGAAUGGAGUGAGUAUGGAGCUGAAUGUUUACCGCACGCUUCGUGAAGUAAGACAACUUCACCUGUCGCUCCUCAAAACCGGCACUCUGCAUUCAUCCGUCUCCACCACCAACCGUCUCCUCCAAUUAUACUCCCGGCGCAGCUCUCUCCAAGAUGCAUCCAAACUGUUCGACGAAAUGCCGCAAACAAAUGCUUUCUCAUGGAACACCCUCAUCGAAGCCCACAUCAACUCAGGCAAUAGAAACAAGUCAUUGCAAUUGUUUCAUGCCAUGCCCCACAAAACCCAAUACUCAUGGAACCUUAUUGUUUCAACGUUUUCCAAAUCUGGUGACUUUCAACUGGCUCAUACUCUCUUCAACGCCAUGCCUAUGAAGAACCCCCUUGUCUGGAAUUCCAUCAUUCAUGCUUACUCUCGGCACGGGCAUCCGAGAAAAGCGCUUUUACUCUUUAAGGAGAUGAAUUUAGACCCUUCAGAAAUGGUGCACCGCGAUGCUUUUGUGUUGUCAACUGUUUUCGGUGCAUGUGCUGACUUGUUUGCUCUUAAUUGUGGGAAACAAGUUCAUGCUCGUGUUUUCGUUGAUGGUUUUGAAUUUGAAUUUGACAAGAUUCUGUGCAGUUCGAUUGUUAAUUUUUAUGGGAAAUGCGGUGAUUUAGAUAGUGCUGCUCGGGUUAUGGGUUUUGUGAAGGAAGUUGAUGACUUUUCUUUAUCUGCUUUGGUAUCAGGUUAUGCAAAUGCUGGUAGAAUGAGAGAUGCAAGAAAGGUUUUUGAUAACAAGGUUGAUCCAUGCUCAGUGCUGUGGAAUUCAAUUAUUUCGGGUUAUGUGUCUAAUGGUGAAGAAAUGGAGGCACUGUCUCUCUUCAAGUCAAUGCGUAGGAAUGGCAUUUGGGGAGACUUCUCUGUUGUUGCAAUCAUUUUGAGUGCUGCUAGUAGCUUGCUCAAUGUUGAACUUGUUAUGCAAAUGCAUGACCAUGCUUUUAAAAUUGGAGCGACCCGUGAUAUUGUGGUUUCUAGUGCUCUGCUUGAUGCAUACUCCAAAUGUCAACACCCUCAUGAAGCUUGCAAAUUGUUUGGUGAGCUCAAAGCCCAUGAUGCAAUCUUGCUUAAUACUAUGAUUACUGUUUAUGCUAAUUGUGGAAGAAUUGAAGAUGCAAAAUGGGUUUUUAACGCGAUGCCUAAUAAAACCCUGAUUUCAUGGAAUUCAAUCUUGGCUGGCCUCACUCAGAAUGCAUGUCCAAGUGAGGCGUUGGAUACUUUUUGUAAGAUGAAUAAAUUGGAUGUGAAAAUGGAUAAGUUUAGCUUGGCCAGUGUUAUUAGUGCUUGUGCUAGUAAAUCAUCCCUUGAACUCGGGGAGCAGGUAUUUGCUAAAGCUAUUACUUUGGGGCUUGAAUCUGACCAAAUCAUUUCUACCUCACUUGUUGAUUUUUAUUGUAAAUGUGGUCUUGUUGAGAUGGGACGAAAAGUUUUUGAUGGAAUGAUAAAAACCGAUGAGGUUUCGUGGAAUACAAUGCUGAUGGGAUAUGCGACAAAUGGAUAUGGGAUAGAAGCACUAACUCUUUUUGAUAAAAUGAGGUGUAGUGUUGUGAGGCCUUCUGCUAUUACUUUUACUGGUGUUCUUUCAGCCUGUGAUCACUGUGGUCUGGUAGAAGAAGGAAGAAAUUUGUUCCAAACUAUGAAGCACGAGUAUGAUAUAAAUCCCGGGGUUGAACAUUACUCUUGCAUGGUUGAUCUUUUUGCCAGAGCUGGUUGUUUUGGGGAAGCAAUGUAUCUUAUUGAAGAGAUGCCUUUUCAGGCUGAUGCAAACAUGUGGUUAUCAGUAUUAAGAGGCUGCAUAUCUUAUGGAAACAGGACUAUUGGAAAGAUGGCAGCAGAGAAAAUUAUUCAGCUUGAUCCUGAAAAUGCAGGUGCUUAUAUACAAUUAUCUAACAUACUUGCAACUUCUGAGGACUGGGAAGGAUCAGCAAAAGUAAGAGAGUUGAUGAGAGAUAAAAAUGUUCAGAAGAUUCCUGGUUGCAGUUGGGCAGAUUGUUGAAUGAGAAACUCUGUUGAGCUUCUCAGUUCCAAGCAAAGUUAGGAUUUUAGGGUUUAUCAAGGUAUCAUGAAACUAAGUACUUCACGAUAUUAUCUCAAUCAAGGGUUUCAUAAAAUCAUCUCAAUCAAAGGUUUGAAGUAAGUCCCCGACGGAAACAACGAUUUCCUUGAGAGCUUCAAGGGUAAUAACGCACGUGGUGAGGAGGGUUUUUCAUUUUCAAGCUCGGUAUGAUUUGUCACCACAGUAAGAGCUUGCUUCAAUUUGCUGUGACGGUCGCUCCCUCAUGAUUGAUGGCCAAUGCAAGCGUCCUAUACUAACAUUUAUGGAAGAAAGUUCAUGACUAUUCCUGAAGACAUAGGUUUCAGUGACAUCUACACUACCUUGUAUGGAUGUUUUAACAAGACCAGGUCACAUCUAUUAUCAUAUAACACAAACACAGUAUUUAAACAAUAGAAAACUAUUAUCAGAAGUAGUAGAUUUUAUAAAAAGUGAUUAAUAAAGUAGGUUGUCGGCAUAGCUCUUGUCACUCAUAGGGUUCAAAAUGAAUUCUAUUUUAAUGUUAGCUAACUUACUCUAAUUAUUGUGAUAAAAGUUUAUGCAGUGCCUGGUUAUAUGUGAAAGUGAGAGUUUAUUACUGAUCACUGAAUUAUGUGUUUGUAAAUGCUUAACAAAAUAGGUUUGUUUCUUGUUAGUGGUUAAUAAGUUGCGGGGUUUGUUUAAAUUGCUUCAGUGUUAAUCUUCAAAAUGCAGUAGAAAGGUUAAAUUAAGUGUUUAUAAUUGUAGACGUUGGGAUAUUAGGAUUGUUGUUGUUUUACAUAUUAUGAAUUAUGAUAGUAUCUUUUUAUUGUUUGUUCUCUUCCCAUUAUUUUCAUGAAGUUUCCUUGAUAGUGAUUUCGCUUGGUACGUUGUUUCACUUCCAAACACUAAACCUUCUUUUAAUCCUUAUUUUGACUAAUUCAACUGUUUUCCCGUGCUUCUUUGGAUUUGUUAAUAACUGGCUUCUGAUUUUGAAAUCAUAUUUUAAAUUAUUUUUCUAUUGUUGAUGAUGCUGUAGCCUCUGUUUUUUAUUGAAUUUGUACAAAUGAAGAUCAUAGCUGGAAAAUCAUGUUUCCUAAAUAUUAUGUAUUUUUGUUGGAAUCAUGUUCAUGAAUGAAGUUUUGUUGAUUAACUUUAUGUAUCAUUUGAAUCAAUUUUCUGUCUCCAAUGGACAUUAUUCUAUGAAGUGUUCUUAGCUUACAAAGCCAAUUUUGAAACUUUAGCAACACGUGUCGUUUUUCCUUUUGAUGGAAAAUUUUGAAACUUUAGCUUGAAUUUGUUGUUUCUAAUUUCUGAUUUUGGUAAGCUCACAGAAUUUUGCUUAGUAUGUUUAGCUAUUAAUAAGUGUUGUGCUUUGCUUACUUUAUAGUUGUGUUUCUAAUUUGUUGUGCUUUGCUUACUUUGAAAUCAGAUGCAAAGGAUUAGAUUGGCUGUAGCAGUAUUAAUUGUUAAAUGUAAUUCAUUUUUGUCUUCAUUUUCUCCAAGGUUGAGAGUAUUUGGGAGAUUCUAGAGCAGAACAACUAGAGUUCAUCGCUCUAUCUCAAAGGGCCAGAUAUCCAAAGUAUCAAUAGUACAUACCAGGAAAAAUACAAUAUCCCAAAGGAAGGAAGGAAGACUGUAUUUACUAUUAUAAAUGAUGCUUGAAGACGAUCCAAAUGGUCACUUAAAAGGAAUCAUUUUAGUAAGUACAAAACAUUGCGCGAGCAGCUCAAAAAUCAUCCACUAGAGGUACCAAAAGAAGACUUUAAGAAGUUAUCGGAGUAUUUGAGAGAUGGAAAAAAUCAAAUAAAACUCCAAGACUUGAUUGAAAAUCAUGGACAACCUUCUUCAGAAGUUUUGGAAAGUGUAUAUGGUAAACAAAAACCUGAAAGAUUGUGUUGCCGUUGAAGAACCACAACACGAACUCUCUUGAUUAGAAAUGAAGAAAUUGCAAAACUCAAAAAAGAGCAUGCUGUUGAGAUUAGACAGUUUAAUGAUAGGAUACAAGAGAUGGAGGAGAAAUGUCGUCAAAAAGUUAUUUUGAUUAUGAAUGAUGAUUGACAAAAUGAUAUGUAUAUUGAAGAUGUUUUGUUGAUUGUGAAUCAUGAUUGACAUUAUGAUAUAUAUGUAAUGAAUUAUUAAUUA